AUGAUGAGAGCUUCAGUGGCUUUGUUCUUGUUCCUGCUGACACGGACCGUCGCUCUACCGGCCAAAGAUGGAGUAAAUAAGGUAACGCAAACGAGACCAUGGAAUGCCACCAUUAUCAAACCAGCAUCACAAUCUGUUCUAACGACGGUAAAGAAUGACUUACCUCCAUUAGCACGUGUAAUUACAGAUACCAGCACCUCAACGUCAAAGUCCCGCAUCGCAGCAAUAUCGCCAACUAACUGGACUAUAGUAUCACCGCUUAUUGCAUUCACUGACUCAGUAGACAGACAGCAACCGUUUGAAAUUCCAUACACCGCUGCUUCUUUAUUGAAAAAUUGCGAGAUUUUACCCGAGGACCCUGAAGUUACAUCAAAUAUUAAAGAAACUCUAAAUAGUGGAUCCAAAAUGAUCAAAUUUCAUUUGCUUAUCAAACACAAAGAAAGGCUUUUCCGUGGUUACAACGAAAGCAGUAUGUACAAACCCUUCUACUGGGUUCGAUCCACAGGACGCCAUGGUAUUGGCCUAUUACUUUUAAGACCAGAAUACGAUGUUCUGUCUUUAACCACUUUAGAGCUUGGUGUAGAAACACUGCACGUGAACAUUACUGAAAAUCCUAGUAACUGCCUCAGCCAGCUUGCAUACACGGACAUAGAGGUGCUGUUUAGGGAGCUAGUUAUGAACGACUUUCAAAAUACAAGUUCCGGUGAAAUUGUAAAACUGAAACCUACGGACCAUGUCUGUAACAUGCACGUGACGGAUAAUGAAGGUGUUGCGGAUUUCAGAUUUCUAUGUUGUCAAAGAAGCGGAACUAAUCAUAUAAGUUGCAGUUACCUACAAUCUGACACAUGGCUCAAUGUUCUAUUCUUCGUUAUUGUACUGUUGAAAGCUAUCGUGGUUUUGUUUAGUCCAAGAUUAAUACCCGAUUCAUUCUAUCGUCUGAAACAUAUAGCCGCUCCUUAUGUACACAGAUUGGAAAAACCUUUCACCAUAACUACUGUUGUAACAACAGAUCCUAACAGAUACACAAACGUAAAGAACCAGUUUAAAUUGUCAAAAUUCAGGGAAAUGAAGAACUUUAAGACAACAUUGCAAAAUCUCACACUCGAUAUACCUUAUGAACUUGAAAUGAAUCGAGUUCAUCUUCGAGUUAAAAGUGGGCGUUUGCUGCCAGAGGAUUCUGCACCAGCUGGACUGUUUCGGACAAUGCAUGAAUCUUUUUUCAAGUGUAAAAUUCGCGGAAGAGCUGCUCUUGCAGAUUGUUGUAAUUCCAACUUUUUCUCGUUUUCUAAUUGUCACAACAAAACCACAUCUUGGUAUACGGUUUUAAAACGUUUCAUGGCAGCGGUUCUGCUUAUUUUUCUGGCUACACCUUGGAUUAUCCGAAUGUAUGUUUACUUUCGAUAUGAAGACGCAGAAAUGCAUAUGCGGAAACAAUUUGCAGCCGAAAAAUCACUACGAUUCUAUUUCCCGGGAAAUUUCACUCUAUUACUUACACCCUUACAUGUUAUUUUUAUUGUUAUCUACAUUCUCUUGUGCUUUGAGUCCUGUGCAUUUGGUAUUAUGAGUCAUAAGAUGAAGGAACAAUUCAAAUUCGUUCUCCGGAAGUGUUUCAAGGACAUGCGUGAAAUGAAACAAAUGGAUGUAAUUGGUUGGCUAGUUAGGAUUGCCGUUAAACCGUGCGCAAAGUUUGGUGGUAUAGGGAUUUGUGUUGGACUAAUUACAUGGACUCUUACACUGCCAGUCUUGUUUCUUAUCCUUUCGUUUUACAUAUUUCCAACUGUAAAUAUAACUCUGCGGCUUCUAGCUCACUUUGUGGUGUAUAUUUUGCCCAAGAACGCGUGUAAUGAGAUGAAAUUAUUUGCUAGACUUUCAAAAUACAUUGACAGUUUAGAGCAAAGGUUAGAUAUGGAUCAGAUUGCUAAAGCUGAAUCGUUAGAGAAGAACGAAUCUGUAUUGAGGUCCGGGUGGAAGAGAUUCCAACAGUUGAUCAUUAUAUCAUUGUGUCUACUGUCAAUGUAUUCAAUAAUAUUUCUUGUGACAGAGUUCGUGUCCUUCAUUGUGGAAAUAUUCGUAUAUACUUUAAUGGGCCUCAUUCUAAAUGCAUCAAUGACAUUAACCUAUUUCUCACUAGCGUUCCUAAUCUGGGUUUACGGAAACGACUGCUUUGGUGCUGUCAGUAAAAGAUUUCUUGCAUUUAACAAGACGAUGAAUGCUGCAAUUCUAGAACUUGGUAAGAAAAAGGUUGAAAAUGAAAUUUAUUCAGAUGAUGAAAAACAGGAGAACAUUGCAUUUAGAGUGAAGACUGAGAGGGUGGAAAAGGUCGAAAAUCCGGUACAACUUGUAACAAACGCGGACUGUGUACCAAGAUGGGAAAUUUCAAGACUUGUUUUGUUCCUCAGUAAGAAUAACCGACCUAUGAUUCCAAAGACCUUUUAUUUCAAGUCCUGUAUGAUGCCAUUCUACAGUGUUCCGGGAGAACUUGUGGUGAAUUACUUAAGAGCAGCAAGUGAGUUUGGGAUGAUUUUAUUAUUCCUUAUGUUUGUUCUUGUUGUCGUUCUCGCAUUUGGGGACACUUACGAGAUUUCAGCUACCAAUAAAAUGUUGGCUACAAUCGCUGGGGGAUUUUUGCCAUUUAUGUUAAGAAACAUUGUGUUUAAAUCACAUGCUGUACCGACUGUGGAUAAAGACAAUAUGCAUUUUCAAAUAUGUCUACACCGUUUGUUAGAUGACCACAAGCAGACGUGGCCAAUUUACGACAUUGAUGUCGUAAACAGACAGAUUUUGGUUGAUAGUAAGUCUGAAAACGGAAAUGGAAGCGCUGUAGAAACAACUGAUAUUAAAACACCAGUUUUCGAAGAAACAAACCCAUUUAUUGACAAUGGCAGCCAUAGAAACGGUAAGACAAAUAAUGAAAGUAUUGAUUUAUUGAUAAAUAUUGCAAGUGAAAUAGACAUUGACGAUUUUCCUGGAAUGAAUGAUGUCAAACACGGACGGGCUUAUAAUGGAUCUACUUCUUUACUGGAUGAUUUGGAACCGGAAGAAAAAGAGAUGCGUGAAAUUCUGAAAAAUGUGUAAAAUGUUUUUCGGGUCAUAUACAUUCCUCAGUCUGACCAACCAGUCCGUAAACUUGCAUAUUGCCCUCAAGGCCAUGUUUGAUUUGUUAAAUAAAUGAUAAUGUAUAGAUGAUUAUUUCGUUCUUCAGCUUAAAGUAUCAUUAUUAAUUUAUUAUCGUAACAUGACAUCAUGUACUACAGAACGACAGAAGUUAUUUUGUGUACUUUUACAAUAACUUCUUUUGAAUAAAUUAGUUGGCACUUGUUUAUAUUUGUUUUUUGAUAAUUCUGGAUACAGGAAGUGCCUAUAAUUAAACCUAAUUAUGUUUAUAUGACAUUUGAACCUUAUGAUGAUGCAAUUCAAUAUGUCUUUAGCAGUUCAAGAUAUAUAUGCGCUUCGUAUUUUAUUUGUAAGCAAAAGCGUACAAUUGUCAAUAUCCUAAUUUUAGUAGCGAAAAAAAAAACAGCAUAUUUAUAAAAGAUGAAGCUCCACGGUCAGUUAUCGGACAAAAGCGAAUAUGUUUAACAUUUUAGAUCAAUUGAAAUCUUAUGAUGUCAUUGAAUUAUUUGUAAGUAAAAAGUUAUAACCCAGUGACAAACAUGUAUUGUUUAAAUAGAAACAAUAAGGAAAGUAGUUUUUUGUAAUCGUUUGAUCUCUUUCAUGUAUUGUUUUUAUGUCCUGCAAUUUUACUUGUAAUGUAUG